CACUUAGCAUUAAUUCACACUAACGAUGUUCCUCACCGGAUUUUUUGGGUGGGUGGGUUUGUUGUACUGCAGCAUUCUGCUCACCCAGAAGAAGUUUAUCUAUCACUACAAGAACGUGCGCUGGGCUCGUGGGAGGCAUGAGACUUACCUCUGCUUCGUGGUGAAGAGGCGAAUCGGACCAAACUCGCUGUCCUUCGACUUCGGGCACCUGCGCAACCGCUCCGGCUGCCACGUGGAGCUCCUCUUCCUGCGCUACCUGGGGGCACUGUGCCCGGGCCUGGGGGGUCUGGGUGUGGACGGAGUGAAGGUGGGCUACGCUGUGACCUGGUUCUGCUCAUGGUCGCCCUGCUCUAACUGCGCCCAGCGAAUCGCCCACAUCCUGUCCCAGACGCCCAGCCUGCGACUCCGCAUCUUCGUCUCCCGCCUGUACUUCUGCGACAACGAGGACAGCCUGGAGCGGGAGGGGCUGCGGCACCUGCUGAGGGCAGGGGUGCAGAUUACAGUCAUGACGUAUAAAGAUUUUUUCUACUGUUGGCAGACGUUUGUGGCUCGCAGGGAGAGUCGCUUUAAAGCCUGGGACGGUCUUCACCAAAACUCUGUCAGACUGUCCCGCAAACUCAAACGCAUCCUCCAGCCCUGUCAGACUGAAGAUCUGAGGGACGUCUUCGCUCUGCUGGGUCUCUGAGGGAAAAGGAGAGAUCUUGGAAAAAGCAUUAGUUACUAGUUGCUGAUAAUGGUGCUGUUAAUCUGAAUUCCUGAGACUUGAAGUUUUUUAUACGUUUUUUUAUUUUUAAUAUAGCAUUACUGUUUGUAUUAACAUGUAUACAAUACAAAACUACAAUAAAUCAUCAUGUACUGUGUGGCCUCUUCUGAUGAA